UGCAUUUCAAACCAGGCUGUUGAUUUACGUUUAGGAAUAAAAUUUGGAGAGGGCGUUUGAUCUAGGACUAUAUUUAAUUUCAAACCCAGUUAAGAAUCUUAGUUUAAAACAAUAUUUUAAAGAACAGUUGCACGCAGAGAUGAAUGAAAAUGCUUUAAGCUAUCUACGGGGCUUCCACUCAUAUGAACGUAGUUCAAAUUUGCGUGUAAUUGCAGACGAUAAUGAGAUCAAAACAGCCUAUGAACAAGCAAGGAUAAGAGGAAGACUUUCUUUUAACAGAUCAAAAAUCUUAAUUUUAGGAGAUCACAGUGUGGGAAAGACGUCGACAUGCAGACGCUUGCAAGGUAAAGAUUUUCGUCAUGACGAGCCUAGUACAGUGGGAAUUGAAACAAAUACUGUCAAAGCAAAAGUUAGUGAUGUUAACGGUAAGUGGUGUAAAGUAUCAAAUACACCACUAGAAGAAUUUGAGAGUUCGGCAGCAUGGUGGGCAGUAUCACAUGUGAGGAAACACGGUGUGAAUGAAACCACGAGGACCAGUAGCAAGUCAGAAGUCAACCCACAGACCUCGUUAAUAAAUCUAAAGAAAGACAUAUUUUAUCAGAUUACACACAGUAUUCCCAUGCUAGUUAUGUUUCUAAACGGUGGAUUUACAUUUGGAUUUGGAUUAAUUGUAUGGAUAAAUAAUCUUUUCCUAAUGUAUUUAAGCGAUGUUCACACUGGGUACCGUUUCGGUUGUGGAUACACUAUCGGAAUGGUUUUGGUAGACAGCGCAAUUGAACUUGGUCAAGGGAUCCAUAUUUCCACUGUUAAAAUAGCUUUGUAUGCAAUAGCUGGCUUAAUUGCUGGGGUGCUUAUGGGAUCAGGUGGUAGAACUGGAGUAUGCAUAGCAUUCUGUAUUAUGGUGCAUCCGAAACAGAAAACAUUUACCAUCGAUAAUGUUACAGAAAUGAUAUUAGUCAUCUACAGCAAAGCAUAUUAUAAUUUGAUAAUUUACACUGUUGGCAUUAUUACUAUUCUGAUGUUUAGGUAUGUUUCCGUUAAGAUAUUGUCGAUGAGUCGACAAAACUGCAUACCUGUAUUAAUAAGCAUUUUUGUUUGUCUCAAAGCCGCGGGCUUUAUCGGAGGGCCGGAUUCUUUACGCGUAUUUUAUACAUGUACAUGUAUUUUUGUACUUGUGAGUGUUAUAUCAGCUGGGACCCUUUUAGGAAGAAAGUUUGUUGCUUAUGGGUAUAUUCCUCAAAUAUAUAUUAUUAAGAAAUCUAUUGGUUUUAUGGCAGGUACAUUUAUAGCAUUUUUUUGUGGGUGGGAACUGGCAGAUUUAAGAACUCUAAACUUACAUAAUACCCAAUAUUCUCUUUCACGAUAUUUGUUGAGCUUAUUCCUCUUUCUGACACCGAUCAUUGCCUUUGUUGUCUACGAAUGGUUUUCAUAUUUGAAAGUGAAGAAUACAACAUCUAUACCAGUAAAGCAUAUCCAAAAAUCAAUGGAAGCAGUUAUUCGUAAUGAAUCUUAUUUGGAUACUAGACUUAGUCUAUGGGACUUUGCAGGACAAAACAUAUACUAUAAUACCCACCAUAUCUUCAUGCCAAAGCAGGGUGUAUAUCUAAUAGUGUUCAACGCCGUUAAAGCGGUUAUGAAUCCUGGGAUACAAAUUAAACGGCUACAGUUUUGGUUGCAAUCGGUUGCUAUGCAUGGAGACAUUAAAAAUGUUGUAGUGUUUCUUGUAGGAACAAGACGAGAAAGUGUCAUUGACGUAAAUGCACUUUUGCAUUUUACUCAGCUUGCAAAUGCACAUCUCUACAAACCCUUUUCUAGGUUAUUAGCGUUCCAUCCUUUAGGCAGCUUUUUCUUUUUUAUUGAAAAUUCGUUACAAGUAGAUCCAGAACGCAACGUGCUACGAACGGUUAUCUAUAAUGAGAUUAAAAAAUUGGAUUUUUUUCAGGAGAAUCAUUCAGUAAAAUACCUUUUAUUUCAUGAAAUUUUGAACAGGUUUCGCCGAAAAAAAUACAUUAUCAUGAGUUUAGUACAGAUCUUAGAGGAAGUAAAAUCAACAUGUAAUAUAAUUUCUCAGAAUGAGUUGUGCCUAUUCUUGAAGUUCUUUGACAGAUCUGGUGAUGUCAUAUACAAUGAACGUGAUGAGACACUCCGACAUUACGUUAUCUGUGACCCUCAAAUGCUGAUAGACAUUCUGACAAUCUUGGUGAAUGUGCCUGAACCUCACCAAAGAAAUCGGACAGUAGCUGAUUUAUGGCAGAGUUUGGAAGAAACUGGCAUUGUUGACAGUAAAUUACUGGAACACAUUUGUAGAAAGAAAAACAUAUGGCGACAUUACCCUUACAUCAUUCGUUUCUUAGUGGGAACACAUUUACUUUUCCCACUUAAUGUUAUUGAUCCAAUCGACCAAGUCGGCACUUUUUUUCUCUCGUGUCGACUGCCAAAGAUCAAUUUAAUGUCAACACAGAACAGCAAUGUUCACUCGCAAAACAUUUUUUAUUUCGACUUUGGUGAAAUUCUUCAAGAAUUUAUAUUUCUACAUCUCAUUACUAAAUGUUGUGAAGUGUUUAGUUGGGAUGAGAUCUAUUACAAUGCAGCAAGAUUUAGGACAGGUAAAUCAUGUCUUGUCUUGAUCAGUACAGAAGUAAUUUCUGGAAACAUUAAUUCAUACGACAGAAAUCUUAUCAAAGUUAAAGUUAUAAGUGAAGACAACACUCAAACUAUGUUCGUUCUACAGAAAAUUAUUAUUUUUAUUGAAGAAAUAAUCAAGCGGGAUUUCAACCUGGACUACUUUAGGAAACAUUACAUCUGUGGACCUGUGUGUCAGAAGUGUAGUUCUUUAGAUGAAACAAUGUGUUUGGUGAACCUCAUUUCUCAUGGAAAUGAUAUAUCUACACUGGAUGGCUGUAAAUUAGACAUCUAUCAUAAGGUCACACUUGAGCUAAAGUUGAAUGUCACAUGCAGUCGAAUACUGUAAUAGGCAAUGGGAUAUGAGAAGCUGCCCAACUAAACACCGACAACAAUACAAUUGGUACGGUAACGCCCCACGAACUCUAAUAUGACCUCUAUGGACAGCAAUAAUUCUAAAACAAAGGUUAUAUGGCCCGUAUUUUGUUUGAAUACGUAUGAAGAUGUGAAUCUACUGUACGUACCUCCUUGGUCUUCUGUAUUGUAUAUAUAAACCCAACCAACUUUUGAUAAAUACUGUACAUUGAUAUUUAUGAGAGAAGAUGACAAAAACGAUAUCAUCAUGACUGACUUCGACGAAAACGCUUGGAUAGCAGGCACCGACGAGAAGCAAGCCGAAAUGUCCAUGUUCAUUUUACGUAAUGUCCGAAGUAGUAGUGCGGAUAAGGAGAAAAAUCGUGCACUUUUGGAAGAAAGCAUGAAACUUAUCACAGUGAUACUGUGACACCUAAAGAUCAUUAAAAAAAUAGACCCCAAAAAAUAAACCGCUUAGUGGCCGCCAUCUUGAAAUUCAAAAUGGCCGUCAAAAUAUUGGAUUUUUAUCAAUAAUCUUCAUCUACAGAACCUAGCACUGUCAUUCAAAUGUCUUUAACUAUGUUUUCAAUAUCAGGUAGUAUUAUGCAAUCAUCAGAAAUUAUGUCAGAUGGCCACCAUAUUUGCUUUCAAGAUGGCUCCCAAAAUAUUGUUAUUUUUGUCAUUAUUUUCAUAUAUCUACAGUAACGUAACACAGUCAAUAACACCUUUAACCUUUAGUAUCAGAGAGUAUCAUGCAAUCAUCAGAUUGAAAGGGGUCCAAAAGAUUACAGUUAAGAAGGUAAGACAUUAACUGGGAAGACACCACCUUCUCAAUGAGUUUGGCUUGAAAAGUUAAGUUAGAGGUAGGUCUGUAUAUACAGUAUGUUUACCAACUGUGACUGAGCUUUUUCAUGAAUGAUUUCCAUAGUACAAACUAACUUCUUGUUAUAAAAGCGCACCUCAUUCUAUUCAUCUGCUUUACUUGUACCGUUCUUCUCGGCUUGGCUUGCUUGUUUGUUUUGUGCAUUGUUUUACUUGUUCUUGCCUAAUUUCUGAAGGUUUUUUUUUUUUUUUUUUUUUUUUUUGUUAUUUAAGAUUAGUUUUGUUAUUUAAAGUUAAUUUAAUAUUUAAGAUUAGUCUGGGGGCCUAAUUACAGGCCUGGGUCUCCUUGGUUCUCGGCACUUUUGUACAGUAUAGUUAAGAAACAAGUGAAUAAAGUGAAUUUAUACAAUGAACAAAAUAUCUCAC